UUGCUCUCCCUCACCCUGGAAACCACAACGUGACUGAUACACCCUGGGAAUUAAGUGACCUUUGCCUUUCCUGAGAUGCCGGGGUCCCUUCUUUACCCCACAGGCGUUUGCGUGCGUUACUGGGGAUGCUGAGAGCUCUGCGCUCUAUUAUGGGCGCUAACCACUCACACAAGGCUCCGGUGUUUGACGAGAAUGAAGAAGUUAACUUUGAUCAUUUCCAAAUAUUGCGGGCAAUUGGAAAGGGGAGUUUUGGAAAGGUGUGCAUUGUGCAAAAGAGGGAUUCGAAGGUAAUGUACGCAAUGAAGUACAUGAAUAAACAGAAGUGCAUCGAAAGGGACGAAGUACGAAAUGUCUUUAGGGAAUUACAGAUCAUGCAGUGCCUUGAACACCCUUUUCUGGUGAACCUAUGGUAUUCCUUCCAAGAUGAAGAAGACAUGUUCAUGGUGGUAGACUUGUUGCUGGGAGGAGAUUUGCGUUACCACUUGCAGCAGAAUGUGCAUUUUAACGAAGAGACCGUAAAACUCUACAUCUGUGAACUUUCUUUUGCACUGGACUAUCUACAGCAACAUCACAUUAUUCACAGGGAUAUUAAACCGGAUAAUAUCUUACUGGAUGAGCACGGACACGUUCACAUAACAGACUUUAACAUCGCCACAAUUGUAAAGGGGUCAGAAAAAGCUUCGUCAAUGGCUGGAACAAAGCCUUACAUGGCUCCAGAGGUGUUCCAGUCUUUCUUGGAGGCUGGGCCUGGAUACUCCUAUCCCGUAGACUGGUGGUCGUUGGGAAUCACAGCAUAUGAACUCCUGAGAGGUUGGAGGCCUUAUGAAAUUCAUUCAACGACCCCGAUCGAUGAUAUACUCAAUAUGUUCAAAAUAGAAAGAGUCCAUUACUCAUCCGCUUGGGGCAAAGACACGGUCGAACUACUGAAAAAGCUCCUUACUAAAGACCUGGAUUGUCGGUAUUCAAGCCUGUCGGACAUGCAGAGCUCGCCGCAUCUCUCUCACAUUAACUGGGACGCUGUUUUGGACAAAUCGCUCACGGCCAGCUUUGUUCCGAAUAAAGGAAGACUGAACUGUGAUCCAACAUUUGAGUUGGAAGAAAUGAUUUUGGAGUCAAAACCGCUGCACAAAAAGAAGAAGAGGCUCGCCAAAUAUAAAUCAAAGGAGGCAGCCAAAGACUAUUGCCCUUUGAAUGGUCACCUGCAGCAGUGCUUGGAAUCAGUGCGGAAAGAAUUCAUCAUAUUCAACAGAGAGAAACAAAGUGGACCUGGAUCAAACGCAGAGAACAAGGUUUCCAAUCAGCCGCAUAUAAAGCUCCAAGAUGGUCACACCACAAAUAACAACAUUAUGGUUCACGACUGCACAAAAGGUUGCAGUAGCUAGUGGUAUUUGAACUGGAAUCUGAACUGUCCCAUUGCUUCUGGAAGGGAGAGAUGCAUGCCUUUACUCAAGACCAGGACCUAUGUCACACAACAAAAUGUUGAAGCACAGCUCAUGGAUGGGACUUUAUACCCAUUGUGAGGACAUUUCUUUUCUAACACUGCUACCAUGAUUUGGCUCAUAAGUAAUAUCAGGUCCACUGACCUGGAAAAAGACUUGAAUGUCAAAAUGUUAAUUUUUCAAUCCGUAGGCUGUUUUGGGCAAGUUCAGUUUCCAUGCAGGUUGUGUUGAUUUCAUGUUCCAUUCUACAAUGCUUUGACCUUUAAAAUGGCAUUAGACGAACACAAAAAUGGAAGUUACAUGAAGUAACAGAAACAUUUCCAAUAUAGGGGGUUCUAAUAACGCAGAGCAACCAGUCAGAAGGGGAAACAUUUGCUAGUCUAGUCUGAAACCACAUUCGAUUGGUUGCUAUGAGUUACUAGGCAAUGGAGCAACUUGGUAUACCUGAUAUUAAAUAAACCCUAAAAGUGCUGUAGGGCAGUGGCACACACUGC